GCGCAUGUUUCCCGAUGCAGCGCAGAGGAAUGACCUUUGACCCCCAUCAGUCACUUGGCUGGUUGACUGACACUGUUCCUCAGCACAACAGCGUGAGACAGCAUGAAGUCAGCGGUCGUGAGCUCCAGCGCACCCAGAGAGGAGACUGACGGUCGACCUCUUCCCCCAGGAUGGAGGAGCUACAUGUCACCUGAGGGACUGAGGUAUUACAUCAACAGCUGCAGUAAAGAAACAACAUGGCGACGUCCCUCCACGUCGGCUGAGGCCCCACAGAGACCGCUGGCACGAAAAAACUCCUCACCAUAUGCCAACGGAUGCCACAGCAUUACUAUGACCGGUCAGCCCACUGAGACCACGGAUGUUGCUCUGAGGAAACUGACCAUUAACAAACAGCCCCCUGGCUCCGUUUCACCGGCCAAGAGGCAGAUCAAGGAGGUCAAGGAGACCAAGAUCACCAUCAACUGUGUGACUUUCCCUCUGCCCGGUGAAGGUCCGGAGCAGCAGCUCCUCAAACCCAACGAAUGGAGCUACUGCGAUUACUUCUGGACCGACAAGAAAGACCCCCAGGGGACCACCUCGGUGGCGGGCUUCGAGGUUCUCCUGCAGAAGCAGCUGAAGGGCAAACAGAUGCAGAAAGAGAUGGCCGAGUUUAUCCACGAGAGGAUAAAGAUUGAGGAGGAAUAUGCCAAGAACCUCUCCAAGCUGUCUCUGAGCCCCCUGGCAGCACAGGAGGAAGGGACUCUCGGAGAAGCCUGGACUCAGCUGAAGAAGAGUCUCCACGAUGAGGCUGAGGUUCACCUUAAGUUCUCCAACAAGCUCCACUCUGAGGUAGAGAAGCCCUUGCUGACGUUCAGAGGCGACAACUUCAAGAAGGACCUGAAAAAGUACGACCAUCACAUCGCCGACCUGAGGAAGCAGCUGGCGAGUCGCUACGCGAGUGUGGAGAAGGCCCGUAAAGCCCUGGCAGACAGGCAGAAGGAUCUGGAGGUGAAGACCCAGCAGCUGGAGAUCAAACUCAGCAACAAGACGGAGGAGGACAUAAAGAAGGCCCGGCGGAAAUCCACACAAGCAGGCGACGACCUGAUGCGCUGCGUGGAUCUGUACAACCAAACCCAGUCGAAAUGGUUUGAAGAAAUGGUCACCACCAGCAUGGAGCUGGAGAAGCUGGAGGUCGAACGGAUCGAGUGGAUCCAGCAGCAUUUACGCCAGUACACGACCCUGCGACACGAAACAGACAUGUUCAAUCAGAGCAUGGUGGAGCCGGUCGACCAGCUGCUGCAGAACGUCGAUCCAGCCAAAGACCGAGAGCUGUGGGUGAAGGAGAAUAAGACCGCCGAGGUUCGACCUGUGGAUAUGGACAUAUGAACCAUCCUGACCUGGGAUCAGCCGUUCUGUCUGUCCAGUAUUAUAACACAGAGUCCCAGAACACUUCUAAUAACACUGAUCCAGGGAACAGUGCAUGUUCAGACCACAGAGGUCUGCUCAUCCUCUCUCUGACUGGAAUAACAGGAGGAAAGGUUCAUACUUAACGCAGUCUGAGGCCAGGAAACAAUAACGGAAAAAAGUACCAGCAUGUUCUAAUUUUAACCCUAUCAUACUCAACAUUAGCUUACUGAAUGCCAUUUAACAUACUCUGCUGUUUACCUGUUGUAAAGUUGAGACUAUUAAAAAAUAGAUGUAUUUUGAAUUGUUUAGCUUCAGUCAACACUUUUCCAGUUUGAGUAAACCAAACAAAAAAAAAAUUCUGAUUAUUGAUAUUUCCCUUUAUUUUAGAUACAGAUAUUGAAGCAUAUGGAGCUCCUAGAAUGAAUAUGAUAUAUUUUCAUAUUUUGCUGGUUCAUUUUGGUGGAAAUGCAUGUUUUGAAUACCUUGCUUUUACUGUAUAUGGACAGCUGCACAAUUUGUGGAACCAUGAUGGUAAUCUGUAUCUUGUAAGUGACAGGAUCCAUUUAGGAGCUUUCUCGGAAAAAAAAUUUGACUUCAAGUGUACAGCGUUAAUAUCCGGUAACCUCAACUGUUUAAGAAAAAAAACACACACAAACACAAACACACACACACACACACACACACACACACACACACACACACACAGUGUUUUGGAAUGUGAAUUUGAUUAGGGUCUAGGGUCUAUUUCGGAUCAGUCCGGAGGAAAAAGGUGGUCCAAGUUACGCUGAAACACCUUUUAGUGCCUAACGGUUAUAUACCUGGAAUGUCCUUGAUAUAUUCUACUCUGCAUCAGUGUACAUUUGUACAUACAGGCUAGAUGUAUUUUGCUGUCAGAUGUUUUAACAGGCCCCAGAUCGUCGGGCUGUUGAGGUGUUUGUACUGUACAAUGUUGUUUGUUUUUGUUUGUUUGUUUUUUUGUUUUUUUGGUAAAUGCACAGGGGAAAUCUUUACGGUGGUGUUCAGUGACAGGGGCGGCGUGCAGGUGAGAGAAAAAAUUCACCAAACUGCAGAGAAGAUAAGGUAAUAAAUUUUUGAUAUGGAUCAAUCCACCGGAGCAAAAGCCAGCUGACUCAUCCCAGUUGCACAAAUGCAGAUAAAAGACAUUUUAUCAAAGACUGCAUGUACAGUAUGUGGCUGUUUUUACAUGUAUGUGUGUGUGUCUGUCUUUGUCUUUACGUUCUGUUGUGGUCUAUCUGCUUUGGAUUUAUUUGGAUUAUUACCUUUCUGCGGCCGUGCUUUUCAGUUCCCCUAAAGGACGGAGCCGAUCAAACAGCAAAGAUUUAAAUCGUAAUCUUAAUCCAGGUGCCAGGCAGAAGAAGAAAAAAAAAUAAAAAUAAAAUAAAUAAAGGCUUACCUGCCUUAUCGCCAACACACUGAUAAGUUGGUUUUUUUCCGCCAAAUGAUGAAAAGCCACCUUUAUUUGAAUCAGACGGAUUCAGUGUGUUGAGACCUUUCUUUGAACCCAAACGGCUUCGUGCGCAGGUUUUAAAUAGCAUAUCUGUUGUAGAGGUUUUAUCAGUGUGUGUCAAUGUCGUGCGCUAAAUGUAACAAGUUAUUCUGUUCCAACUAAAUGUUCCUGACAAGAAUCGACCAUUUCGCGAUGACGUAACGGUUUAGUUAACUGCCCUUCUGUGGUGAACAUUUUCAUAACGUGCAUUAAAUCCGAUGUUUUAAGAAUGUUUGAUCAUAGGUGACCUCUGUCCAGACGGUGUACUGUGGAAUGCAGUGUCCAAA